CCCACAGUCCAAAGUUUAUUUGCGGCGGAUGUCUGCUUGUGGGUUCGCUCACUUUUGACGCACACGCAGCGCAGCAGGGCGGGGCCUGCCUAUAAAAAAAACACACAAAAAAACCCCCGAGCUGCACUUCUGAGCACAGCGUCUCCCGACCUCAUCUGACUCCGAGCCCUUUUUACACGUUGACCGACUCUGAAUCGAACACGCGUCGCCCUCAGUGCGAAUCCAACCCGAGCGAGCAUGCCUUCACAACUGGAGACGGCCAUGGAGUCCCUCAUCUUGGUGUUCCACCGCUACGCCUCGAAGGACGGCAAGACCGGCACCCUCAACCGGCGGGCUAUGCGGGACCUGAUGAAUAACGAGCUGUCCAACUUUUUAAAGUGCCAGAAGGACCCGGCCGCCGUGGACAAGAUCAUGAAGGACCUGGACACCAACGGGGACGGGCAAGUGGACUUUGAGGAGUUUGUGUCCCUGGUGGUGGGGCUGUCCAUUGCAUGCGAGCAAUGCUAUCAGGCGCGCAUGAAGAACGCCGCCCAGAAGAAGUAGAAGAAACGGUUUCCAGAAGAGAACAUCAUUCCGUAAAGCAUUUCAUUGUCUUUUUUUUUUUAAUGUCCAUUAAAAUGU